AUGCCGCUCCGCUGUAGCUCACUGUCUGCCUCAAAGGCGCUUCUUCUCGUUGACCUCAUGGAGCCUGCCACUGUUGCCGCUGUAGAUGUCGUCAUCGUCGUCGUGCGUGGCGCGCCCAGUAGGGGCCCGCGUGCGCGAGCUCGUGUCCGGCCGGAGGCCAGUGCGGGCGGGGCCGGCGCGGCUCGGUUCCGGUGGCCGGAGGCCAGCGCAGUCAGCGCUGCCGGCGGCGCGUCCGGCGCGACCUCUGCGCGGCCGGGGGCGAGGUCAAGCGCGAGGCGGGGCAGGGCCGGGGUCGCCGCGGCCAGCGAGACCGGUGGCGUCACCAUAACCAGCAGGGGUCCGGCGCGAGGCGAGCCUAUUGGUGGGGGCACAUCUCAAGGAGGAUUGGAGGAGCUUAGUCCGACCAAGGACGACGAAAGGAACCGGCCAGCGGGAGAUUGCAAAAGUUCUGUGUAA